AGAGGAAGGGGGCGGUUGGUGUAGUCUCCAUUGUUCAGGAUUUAGGGCGCCAUGAGGGGUGACAGAGGCCGUGGUCGGGGUGGGCGCUUUGGCUCCAGAGGAGGUCCAGGAGGAGGGUUCAGGCCCUUUGUGCCUCAUAUCCCAUUUGAUUUCUAUUUGUUGUUUAUUUCUGGUUCAGUGUGAAAUGGCCUUCCCCCGGGUCAAGCCAGCACCUGAUGAAACAUCCUUCAGUGAAGCCUUGCUGAAGAGAAAUCAAGACCUUGCUCCCAAUUCUGCUGAACAGGCUUCUAUUCUUUCUCUGGUGACAAAAAUAAACAAUGUGAUUGACAAUUUGAUUGUGGCCCCAGGGACAUUCGAAGUGCAAAUUGAAGAAGUCCGACAGGUAGGAUCAUAUAAAAAGGGAACGAUGACUACAGGACACAACGUGGCUGACCUGGUGGUAAUCCUAAAGAUUCUGCCAACAUUGGAAGCUGUUGCUGCCCUGGGGAACAAAGUUGUGGAAAGCCUAAGAGCACAGGAUCCUUCUGAAGUUUUGACCAUGCUGACCAAUGAAACUGGCUUUGAGAUCAGUUCUUCUGAUGCUACAGUGAAGAUUCUCAUUACAACAGUGCCACCCAAUCUCCGAAAACUAGACCCAGAACUUCACUUGGAUAUCAAGGUGUUACAGAGUGCCUUAGCAGCUAUCCGACAUGCCCGCUGGUUUGAGGAAAAUGCUUCUCAAUCCACAGUUAAAGUUCUCAUUAGACUGCUGAAAGACUUGAGGAUUCGUUUUCCUGGCUUUGAACCUCUCACACCUUGGAUUCUUGACCUACUGGGGCACUAUGCUGUGAUGAAUAAUCCCACCAGACAGCCUUUGGCUCUCAAUGUGGCAUACAGGCGUUGCUUACAGAUUCUGGCUGCAGGACUGUUCCUUCCAGGGUCAGUGGGUAUCACUGACCCCUGUGAGAGUGGCAACUUCAGAGUACACACAGUCAUGACCCUGGAACAGCAGGAUAUGGUCUGCUACACAGCUCAGACUUUGGUCCGAAUCCUCUCACACGGAGGCUUCAGGAAGAUCCUUGGUCAGGAGGGUGAUGCGAGCUAUCUUGCUUCUGAAAUAUCUACCUGGGAUGGAGUGAUAGUGACACCUUCAGAGAAAGCUUAUGAGAAACCACCAGAGAAAAAGGAAGGAGAAGAAGAGGAAGAGAAUACAGAAGAACCACCUCAAGGAGAGGAAGAGGAAAGCAUGGAGACUCAAGAGUGACCUUCUCUCUCUCCAUCCCCUUUUCUAUUCAAGGGGAAGACUUGGAGCCUAAGCUAACUGCUAUUGGGCAUUACGUGAUGGCAUUUCUGUGGGAUAGGGGAGAUGGCAAAAGGAAA